AUGAGCUUCCAACCAUAUUCAGAGCAAGACAAUGAUGCAGAGUCACCUACCCGCCUCAAUGGAGUCCAUUCAGACGAACCUCGGCCUGAGAAACGCAAGCGCACCAGCAAAGAUGACCCCCAAGGACCUUCGUGUUCUCUAUGUCGCAGGCGAAAGGCAAAGUGCUCAAGAGAUCAGCCAUGCGGCACUUGUAUCAAACUCGGUGCCGAAUGCAUAUACGACCAGGAAAAGUCAAAGCCAGGCAUGCGAGCGGGGGCUAUUGAGACAUUGACUCAGCGUCUGACCUACUUGCUGGUAGCGACGCUGGAAAAUAUGUUUGUUGGCCAGGGUGUUCUCUGGCAGCAGAUCUGGAACAGCAUCAAGCAACCAAACAACCAAGAGUACGGGCGAACCCCAGACUCCCAUCCAGAAAUUUCAAUCCAGCAGAUGGCAUCUGAUGUCCGAAGACAUCUCACUGAAUUACCAUUAUCGGAAAUCGGUCAACAAGUGGAUUCGGUAGUGGAAAGAAUUCAACCAGGAAGCACAUUUGAUGCAACAAAUACGCACCGGCCAAAAAGCACCCCCAGUCUUCAACGCCAAGUUAACCUGGGUACCCUCCCUCCAGACGAUCUAGUGGACUCCAUGGUCAACAUAUACUUCAAUCAGAUCCAUCCUUGGAUACCCAUGUUACAUGAGCCAACAUUUCGAGGGCUGCUCUCUAAUCCUUCAGGAAGAGCGCGAGUAUCGACAAUACUCCACGCGAUAGUGUCUCUCUGUAUACGAUUCUCAGAUGAUCCACGGCUACAGAACGCUCCAGAACUCCGUGCUCAAUAUUCCACUAGCUGCCGCCAGACAGUCAUACUUGCGAGUAUGGAGUCCUUUUCGGUCGAGAACUUGCAAGCAAUGACCAUUUGUGCAUUUGACAUAAUUGGUAGCGGCAGAGGUCCCUCGGCAUGGUCCAUAGUCGGCAGCAUGUCUAGAACCGUUGAACAACUACGCCUCAGCACUGAGGAGGAGGAGACCCAGUCACAUCAGUCGCGGUCAAAGGCUCUAAUCGAGAGGGUGGCCUUCCUCCCCCCAGCGUCGACAUGGGCCGAAGUAGAAGAGCGGCGCCGCAUCUUCUGGAAUGUCUUUCUCAUGGACCGCUUCUGCAGUAUUUGUACUGGCUGGAACCUCUCAUUGACCAGUGCUGACGUCACGAGGAGGCUUCCUUGCGAGGGCGCUAUAUGGGAGUCCGGAGAACCAAGCCAGACUCCUACUCCGUACUUUGGAAUCUCGACUCGGUCCCACGACCGCGAGAAAGAUUAUUUGCCAGCCACUCGCGAUACUGAAGAUGGCCAGGCUUCUCUCGGAGGAUUUGCCUUUUGUAUAGAGGCAACGGAGAGUCUGAGCCUUGUCACGUCGUUUUUUCUUCAAUACCGCGUUGAUUUCAAGGAGGUCCACGAAGUACAGAGGUGGCUUAUGAGAUUUAAGCAGCUGGACUUGCGGCUCGUACAAUGGAAAUUCUUUCUUCCUGAGAAAUGGCGCAAGGCUUGCCAAUUUAACAAUGACGGCAACUUGGAUCCCAAUCUAGUCCUUGCGCACAUAGCGCACAACACUGCCGUUGUCCUCCUACACCAGGGCUUAGCUUAUCCACCAGCAGAAUGGCAGUCUCUUCCUGUCAGACUACCUUCUUCUUCUAGCGCAGAAACUUGUCAGGUCGCGGCUGACGAGGUUGCCACAAUAGCAGAGCAAUUCCUUGGUCACUCACAUGUACUUAUCAGUCCGCAGUUUUCGUUUUGCCUUUUCGUGUGCGGCAAGAUGCUGCUGACUCAUGCCGCAUACUACCAGUCCACUCUAACUUCAUCCUUUGACUCGAUCAUAUCGAGCCUCGAGGAGAUAUCUCGUAGGUGGAACGGGGACCAGCCUCCAGCCCGAGCCAAUCUGGCUUCUAAAUUCUGCUCGCGCCUCAAGAAGGCUCGCAUUGAAGGUUCCGGUGCGGUCGACAUCAGGGAAGCCUUUUCCGAGAAGCAAGACGCUAUUGCCUCAUCAAGAAGUGCGGAUGUCAACUUUCGUAGUACAGGGCUUCAAAGGAUGAGCACUUCAACUGAAGCAACAGUACCAGGCGCAUUAGAUGGAGAAAUCGGCAUUAACGGUACUCAGACGGAGUCGCCCGAGAGCAUUUCUCUGGCUUUCCCGCCACUUCCACUGUCAUUCCAGAUGGGUAGCGCAACUCACGAUUCAAUAUUCGCCGCGCCAGCAAAGGCGGGUAAUGACAUGGGAGAAGUGGUCGGUACGGAUAUGAAUAUGGCAGGGAAUUGCCUCGACUUCUAUGAUCUAUCAGAGCAGACGUUUCUUCCAUCAGAACGCGUUAUGAAUGAGUUGAUAUGUUCUGAGAAGCAUUCUUAUGGAAACCCCUGGCCGCUUGACGACUUGAGCCCUGCUGUUCGAGAGUUGAUGAAGCUCGGUGGAACGCCAGGCUUGAGUCUCUCGGUCGCGACAAAGAACCAGCCAGUUUACCAUGCAAACUACGGCUUCCGAGACCUUCAGAACAGACUUCCUGUUACAGAAGAGACAAUAUUCCCAGUAUGUUCACUCGCCAAAGGGCUGUCAGCCGCGGCCAUGGGCAUAUUGGUAGAUGAAGGCAUUGCAUCAUGGGAGAUGCAUGUUAAAGAUGCAACGCCCUCUUUUCACCCAAACAACAGUGAUCUACAUAACAACACAACAUUAGCCGACCUCUACAGCCACCGUAGUGGUAUGUCAUCAUGCGGAAACCUGGUUGGUGGUUGUGAGGGUAACAUCUUGAUCGGCAAGGACGACUGCAUGCGAGUUGUUAAUCACCAGAUCCUGGUCCCUGAGAAGCUCGGCUCAUUCGCAUACAACAGUACUGCAUACGAUGCCUGUGAUGAGGCUUUCAAAAGCCUUAGCGGCGCCUCUCUUGAAGACUUCCUGCAGCAGAAGGUCUUCAACGAACUAGACUUACAAAGGACCUUCAUGAAACCGCCUCCCACCGACAAGGACAACGUGACCAAGUCUUAUAAUACUCUAGAUGAUGGAACGCCAUGGUGCAUACCAGGACCCAAGCUUGGUGAGGAUGGUAUCGGCUGCGGUUCCGGCGGACUCCGGUCUUGCGCUGCUGACUUGAUCAAGCUCUACACCUGCUUCGUCCAGAGCUUUAAUCAUGAGUGUCAGACAGGCCAAUCUUCCACACCCGGCUCCCCUCUGAAGCAGGUAUCAAGGCUCAUGUCUGCUCACGUGCCAAUGCUCGCGACUGAGAGGGAAGGAGUGUCCUACGGACUGGGAUGGGCUCGUGUGCAGCUGCCUAACACCCUGGGACAUAUUGGCCUGAAUGGUCGGCUAAUGCCACAGGGGAUGCCGGUCAUCGGAAAAGGAGUAGCUGACGAACUGAUAUUAUACCAUCAAGGCACGCUCCCAGGCGCCCUUGCGGUUGUUAUACUGAUUCCCCGUACGGAAAGCGUCGUUUUGGUCAUGAGCAACAGCCUCUCACUUACCGAUGUACCUGACUGGGUGUCACAAAUGGUACUUGAAGAAAUCACUGAUGUACCGAUCAAAGAUCGCACCGACUUUAUUGCAUACGCGAAGACGUCUAUCGCUAUCAACUUGGGAUGGUAUGACCGAAUUGCCCAAGGUCUCGUGCAAGGUCAAUCACAUGCCACCAAACCUCACAAACCAUUGGAGGCAUACGUAGGAGAAUAUGUUGAUGAGAGCCGUGUUUUCAGCGUCAUGGUCACUGUGAAAAAGGGAGUACUCUUUUGGGCAUUCCAGGGACUGGAUUCGGAAAGGUACAAGCUGACACAUUACGAUGGCGAUACUUUUACGUGGUUGCAACCACGGAACGGCUUAUCGCGCCGCGGUAGAUGGGUAUUGGGAAAUGAUAAUGAUCCGUCGUUCUGGAAGAUAGAAUUUGGUGGUUUUGAUGAACAUGGCAGCGUAAACACGGUGCUCUGGCGCCACGACCCCUCCCUAGAUCCCGUUGUCUAUUCGAGAUAG